CCCCAAUCCCUUCCCGAGACCACGCCUCUGCCUCCAAUGGGCGGAGGCUUAGAGGUUGGGCGGGCCAGAAAGAAGCCCCGGGGUCCAAGCUCCGGCUGCCGAGAUCCAGCCCCAGCCCGCUGGCCGCCGGGGCAGCAACUCCUCGCCGAGUCCCAGGCUUCAGCGCGGGCUGGUCCAGCCUCCGCUCCAGUGCCUGCGCUGUGCCCUGUAUCCCGGGAGUCCAGCUCCAGCUGCGGCGACGCGGCAGGUGCCUCCCCUUCUUGGGGACGUGGUCACCAUGUUCUCCUGCGUUAAGGCCUAUGAGGACCAGAACUACUCAGCGCUGAAGCGGGCCUGUCUGCGCAGGAAGGUGCUCUUUGAGGACCCCCACUUUCCUGCCACUGACGACUCACUCUACUAUAAGGGCACCCCAGGGCCCACAGUCAGGUGGAAGCGGCCUAAGGAUAUCUGUGAUGACCCCCGCCUCUUUGUAGACGGCAUCAGCUCCCACGACCUGCACCAGGGUCAGGUGGGCAACUGCUGGUUUGUGGCCGCCUGCUCGUCCCUCGCCUCCCGAGAGUCACUCUGGCAAAAGGUCAUCCCAGACUGGAAGGAGCAGGAAUGGGACCCUGAGAAGCCUGAUAACUAUGCUGGCAUCUUCCAUUUCCACUUCUGGCGCUUCGGGGAGUGGGUGGACGUGGUCAUCGAUGACCGGCUGCCCACAGUCAACAACCAGCUUAUUUACUGCCACUCCAACUCCAGAAAUGAGUUCUGGUGUGCCCUGGUGGAGAAGGCCUAUGCCAAGCUGGCAGGCUGUUACCAGGCCCUGGAUGGGGGCAACACGGCGGAUGCACUCGUGGAUUUCACAGGUGGCGUUUCUGAACCCAUUGACCUGACCGAUGGGGACUUGGCCAGCGACGAGGUCAAGAGGAGUCAGCUCUUUGAGCGGGUGCUGAAGGUGCAUAGCAGAGGUGGUCUCAUCAGUGCCUCCAUCAAGGCUGUGACAGCAGCUGACAUGGAGGCCCGCCUGGCAUGUGGCCUGGUGAAGGGCCAUGCGUACGCUGUCACUGAUGUGCGCAAGGUGCGCCUGGGCCACGGCCUGCUGGCCUUCUUCAAAUCGGAGAAGCUGGACAUGAUCCGCCUGAGGAACCCCUGGGGCGAGCGGGAGUGGAACGGGCCCUGGAGCGACACCUCAGAGGAAUGGAAGAAAGUGAGCAAGAGUGAGCGAGAGAAGAUGGGCGUGACCGUGCAGGAUGAUGGCGAGUUUUGGAUGACCUUCGAGGACGUGUGCCGGUACUUUACCGACAUCAUUAAGUGCCGCCUGAUUAACACGUCCUACCUGAGCAUCCAUAAGACCUGGGAGGAGGCGCGGCUGCGUGGCGCCUGGACGAGACAUGAGGACCCACAGCAGAACCGCAGUGGAGGCUGCAUCAACCACAAGGACACUUUCUUCCAGAACCCACAGUACAUCUUUGAAGUCAAGAAGCCAGAAGAUGAAGUACUGAUCUGCAUUCAGCAGCGACCCAAGCGUUCAACGCGCAGAGAAGGCAAAGGCGAGAACCUGGCCAUCGGCUUCGACAUCUAUAAGGUGGAGGAGAACCGCCAGUACCGGAUGCACAGCCUGCAGCAUAAGGCCGCCAGCUCCAUCUACAUCAACUCCCGGAGCGUUUUCUUGCGGACAGAGCAGCCCGAGGGGCGCUAUGUCAUCAUCCCUACCACCUUCGAGCCGGGCCACACUGGCGAGUUCCUGCUCCGAGUCUUCACGGAUGUCCCUUCCAACUGCCGGGAGCUGUGCCUGGAUGAGCCCCCUCGCACCUGUUGGAGUUCCCUCUGUGGCUACCCCCAGCAAGUGACCCAGGUCCAUGUCCUGGGGGCUGCUGGCCUCAAGGACUCGUCAGCAGGGGCAAACUCCUAUGUGAUCAUCAAGUGUGAGGGUGAGAAGGUUCGCUCAGCUGUGCAGAGAGGGACCUCGACACCGGAGUACAAUGUGAAGGGCGUCUUCUAUCGCAAGAAACUGGCUCAGCCCAUCACCGUGCAAAUCUGGAAUCACCGUGUCCUGAAGGAUGAAUUCCUGGGCCAGGUGUGCCUGAAGACCGACCCGGACGACCUGCAGGCGCUCCACACACUCCACCUCCAGGACCGCAGCAGGCGGCAGCCCAGCGACUUGCCGGCGGUGGCCGUGCACGUCCUCAGCAGCGCCUCUCUCACGGCUGUGUGACACCGGCCCCCCGCCUGCCUGGCCCCACCAGUCCUCACCACCACCUGCAUGUCCCCACCUGGCCUGGGUCCAGCCUGGGAACCAGACCCUGGGGCCCU